AUGGUUGAACACGAUGGAUCCCGUGGAAGAAGUGGAAGUGAGUCUGUCCAGGGUUAUGAUGUCACGAUCAAGAAGAAGCUUGCUCCAGUAUUCACUGAUAGUCUUUCUGCCAUUCGCCAUCAAUUGAACAACUCGAGUGUACCCGAGUUUCUUGUCCAUCUUCCAACCAUGCUCGUGGAAUACUAUUUCGGCUACAUUUGUGUAAUAUUUUCAUCCUUUGACGGCAUGCUCAAUCCGUUCCGGUCUACUGUUGCCCAACUCUGGGAUGGAUCGGCACCGAUAUACUACGCCAUUCAAAGCAUGGCCGCUGCGUACCUUUCGCAUGACUUCCCACGUAUGUCUACCGUAGGUAUUCAAAUGCAACGAGAAACAUUUAGAUGCUUGUAUCAAUCGAGCCGAGCUGGAUUGGAAUCCCACGACAACAUCGAUAAGACUCUCCUCACUGUGCUCCUGGUUGGUCAAACCACAGCAUGGCAUAAUCCCCGGGAUUUAGGUCUGACACACCUGAAAACUGCCAAGAGAUUAUACAAGCAACGGCUUGUUCUGCAAGGUAUGAAUGUUGAUAGCAAAACGCGCCGACAAAAUGAGUUCUUUGAACAAUGUAUUUUAUACUGGGAUUUACUAGCUGGAUUUGUCGAAGAUGAAGAGAAUAUUGUCAUGCUAGGGGAAGAUAUAUUGGUAGGAGGCCGCAUGACCCCAAAUACAAAUACGGAAAAUCGCCAAAUAUUUCCUCAUCCAUGGACUGGAGUUGCACCGAAGGUACAAGCUUUAUUCGCCCAGGUAGGAAGAUUGAUUCGAUCUUAUCGCAAGUCAACGUUCAAUCCAAUUCCAAAUGUUGCUCUUGAUGAUCCUUUCUUCGACUUCAAGCAACUACUGGCUGUGAAUUUACCAUCCGAAGCCGAGCUUGUGGAUGCUGGUGACGAGAACACGCCCGUCAGGCAAUACAUUCUGCUAGCAGAAGCAUAUAGGUGUUCUGCUCUCCUAGAGAUAUAUCGCGUCUUCCCUACUAUCUACCUGACUCGGCAGCCCGACUCUCAAGAAAUAUUAUCCUUGCCAGUUUCACAUUCCGCGGAUGAAUUCUUGAUAUCGCUUGCACUACAUAUCGUAUCCCUCCUCGGGAAGAUUCCAUCAACAUCCGGUACUCGAUGUCUUCAACCCAUUGUCAUGAUUAUCUCUGCAAGUGAGCUCCGGUUCUCCACAGCAGCAAUGGAGACAUUUUCCAUCGAUGCAACUUUCGGAUUAAGCCAUUACGAAGGUGUUGGUCACAGCCAUGGUUCGGCAUCAAGUGGUACAACGAUGUUGAAUAGCAUUACUAACUUUGAGGUGGAUAUUGCGGCUGCCCGUCGUUUUAUUGUUACUCGUUUUCAAGAUUUUAAACUAUCAUUGCCUGCGAAACCUAUGGCAAAGGCAUUGAUACUGGUUGAAGAGACUUGGGCGAGAGCUGACCUUGGACAGGAAGUGUUCUGGAUGGAUGUAAUGUCAGAAAUGAAUCUGGAAUCGAAAAAUCUGACUGUUUCAAAGAUCUUAGCUAUCCGUACAGGUGAAAGAUUAUCUGACACUUCCUAUUCCAAUAUUGCGACUUAG